CAGGGAAUCGCCCUUGUUCGAGUUUAAUCCAACGGUCCGUAUCCCUGUCGCGUUUUCAUUCAACUCCCAAUCUUUCCUCAUCAAUCCCAGCUUCGGGGAAAAUUUUAGGGGCUUGGACUCGCAUUUCGCGCAUCGCAUCCUUUGAUUCGAAGGAUUUUGUUUGUUUCCUCGCAAAAAGUUAACCCAGAUCCACCGAUCCAGCUCUUCCGCGGCGAAAUCCCACGAAUUUUUCGAGAAAUUUCGAGAAAAUUCGGCUUCUCAUGCAGUAUUCUAGCGAUUGGGCCCGUGCGAUCGCUCGAUCCUCGUCCAUGGCUAUCGAUUGAUCCGUGGAACGAAGCAUUGGCUUCGGAUGUGAGCGGAGAGAGGGGAAUCGAAGCGUUUGAUGAUGCAGAGGGAGAAAGGUGGACGAAAUGGGAGUUACGAGCCACAAUCGAAUGGUUUGUUCGAUGGAUUCGUCGAUCGAAGGGGUGGUUUGUUCGAUGGAUUCGUCGAUCGAAGGGGGGAGAUCGAUAGCAUUGCGACGAUCCCGGUGUCGUCUUCUUCGUCUCUCCCCUCUUCUCCUCCGUCGUCGUCUUCGUCGUGUGGUGGCUACAUCGAGCACCGAGUGUCGAAGAUGGAUACGCUCGCCGGGGUUGCCAUAAAGUAUGGUGUGGAGGUAGCAGAUAUUAGGCGGUUGAACAGCUUGAUGACCGAUCUUCAAAUGUUUGCUCGCAAGUCAUUGAAGAUUCCGCUUCCUGGAAAGCAUCCUCCAUCUCCUUUUGUGUCAGAGGACUCGGCAAAUGGCAGAGAACUGACUCCUCCACGUCGACCUCGGAGUGAUAUUUUAUACUCCCUUGAAACACUGAAGCUGAAACCACCACCAUGUAAAAUCUCCCCAGCCAUGAGUCGAUUGCAGGGAUAUUAUGGCCUCACGCCUCCUAAGAGGGGCCCACUAUUUGAUGGCACCAAAAUGGCAGUUUAUAAAACUGAUAAGUCUCUUUAUAUGAAAGAUGAACAAUUAUUGCCUCAACACUCUCCGAAUUCCGAACCACUUCCGAAUCGGCAUAAAAAGUCUAAAAGUAUGGUUAAUGAAUUAUAUUUUGAAAAUUCUGAGAUCAUUGGAGAAAGAAGAAUUGAUGAAGCUGCAGAGAGUGAUAAUGAAAAAUCAAUAAGGCGGCGUCAAAAGGGUGAUUCCGAGCCUUUAGGGUUUUCUCGAAAGGCAGGAAAAGGGCUAGCUUUGAGGCCGAAAUCGGGAAGCCGUCCUGAUAUAGACCUGAGCCAACAGAAUCUUGUUUCUCUGGUUGACCCUUCACUAAUUGAUGGGUUGCUAACUGUUCGGAAAUCAUCGAGCACUUCUAAUUUGCAAGAUUCGGAUAGUAGCUCCUCUAUAUGGUCUUCGAGCAAGUGGAGUUUGAAACCCGAUACAUUUGCUUGGCCCAUUUUUGAUGGUCUUCCGAAGCCCGCAAAGCCUGCUACUGCUAGGCGAAAUAAAGCUGCUCUGGAUUAGGCUGAUCCUUCUUAUCUUCCCUGUUCUCCUUUUCAGUUGAUACCAUGACAUUACAAUUUCAUUUUUUUUCCUUACAUUUAAGUUAAACCAGUGUUUGGUUCCACGUAAAACUGUUGAAGACGGUUUCCAGAGGAAAGUGCUUUCAGUGGAAAAGAAAAUUUUUAUAUGUUGGUGUUUGAUGCAGUAAAAAACACAAAAAAAAUGGUUUUAAAGGGAUACCUGUUUGGUUUGCGGGCAAAGGAAAUGAAGCGAGUGUGGGGAGAGGAAAUUUCAGUUUUCAGUUUGUGUUUUUGCCUGAAAAAUACCGAAAAUGAAACCGAAUGUUUUUCUGAAGAUAUGUAUUGUUGUUUCCACUGAAAAGCAUCUUACGUGGAACCAAACACAAGGAAAAUUCCUUUUCAGUCUGAAAAUUGUUUUGGGGCUCUUCACAUGGAACCAAACACUGCCUAAAUAUUUAAGUGAGCAGGGUUUAUACGGUAUAUAUAUAUAUUCUCUACAAGCAGAAAAGGUCUACUGAAAGUUGGGUGAAUAAAACAAUGUAGGCUAGAUAGGGAAUUCCAUCUUUCGGAGAUCGCUAGAAAAGUUGGUGUCGACUCUACUCUUUCUUGUGUUAGAGCAGAGAUGUUGAACCAGUAAGUUCUUUAUUUGGUCAUUCAUUCAUUACACCUUGUUUUUUGUUUGUUUCCUGCCUUGGCUAUUGUUUGGAGGGAUUUGUUUGUACAAAAUCAAUUAAUGAGUUUUGAGAUAUUUUUGGGGGAAAGGAGAUGGAAUAUUGUAUCACUCUUUGUAUCAGUAAAUGUACUAAAAUGAAAAUGAAUUCAUAGGA